AUGAUUUCAAAAGAUAAUUAUACAUGUCCAAUUUGUUUAGGGGUUUUUGUCGAUCCUUGCAAAUUACAAUGUAACCAUACUUUUUGCUUAUCUUGCCUCCUUGAAUUAGUUGAUUUCAAUUUUAUUCGAUAUAAGUGUCCAAUGUGUAGAAUUGAGUUUUUGAAUGAUAAAGGUCCUUUUAAAAUUGAUGAGGAAAUUUCACACAUAGUUUAAACUUGUUUCAAAGAAGAAUUUUAAAAAAGAAAAGAGGAAAUUAAGCUCAAAUAAGAAGUGGAUCAAAAAGAAAUGAAAAUUAAAAUUAACUAUGGCAACACUUAUCGCUAUAUUGAAGAGGAAAAAACUAAUAAGCACUUAUGGACUGUUUAUGUAACCUUGGAUUAUGUAAACUAACUUGAUUAAACUCCUUUAAACUCUCUGAUAUUAAUAGAGUUAGUUGAAAAAGUAAAAUUUACAUUGGACGAAACAUUUUAUCCCGAUGUUAUAGUAGUCAAAAGUCCCCCCUUUCAACUUACGCGCAAAGGGUGGGAUGUUUUUAGUAUACCAAUAGAAAUCACUUUUAAACCACAAUAUAAACUUGAUCCCAUUAAAUUUGAGCAUCAUCUCGUUUUUGAAUAGGAUGGGAUUAAGAAAUGUUAAAUCAGCAAAAUCAAUGCAGAAAAUAUUAAAAAACAAUUGGAUGCCUAAAAAUCAGAUCAAAACUAAAAAAUAGUUUAAACUAAACAAAUUUGGAAAGUAUGA